CCACCACAUCUUAUUCAGUUCCUUGUCACCGACACCCAACAAAAUAAGCAUUUUCUGGCCGUUGUUGGGUACCCUGUGCCCCAUUGUCUCAGUAAUGUCUCUAGACGCUAUGCCUCGAAGAGGGGGGAGGAGGACCACAAACCAUCUUUUUGUGGGACCGCUCCACCACUUAAACGGCGCCGUUUAAGGGAUAUUUUCCGUUGUCCCUUCAUUAUAGGUUUUAGAUUGCUCCUUCUCAGCGAGUGUAGAGAGUGUUUGUCAGUUUCUCACUGUGCGGAAACAAGAGAACUCACAGAGAACUCAAAGAAAAUACAAAAGGAAUCUACUGGCUUUAUAUAUCUAGGUUUCUGGGGUAUUGGAAUGGGAAAAUCUCCAGGGAAAUGGAUCAAGUCCCUUAUUCUUGGGAGGAAAUCAUCAAAGUCUAAGUUGUCCAGAGGAAAUGAUGCUUCGAAAUCUGCCGAUAAAGGAGAGGUUUUGGUUUCUUCUGAAGCACCUAUGUCUGAUAAAACUGUGGAUCAUUCAAUAAUUUCACAACUGGCUCCUGCUGUUGGUGCUAGAAGUGGAGAGGAUUCAGAACAUGGAGCAACUGCUAAGUUGCAAAAUGAAGGGUUUACUUUUCCUUUUGCACAAAGAGAUGAGAAUGCAGAAGAAAACAUGAAAUUGGGUUCUGAAGGAGAUCCUGAGAGAAUCAGGCAUGAAACAGCUGCUACGAAGGCACAGGCAGCUUUUAGAGGGUAUCUGGCUCGCCGUGCAUUUCGAACACUUAAGGGCAUUAUAAGGCUGCAAGCUCUUAUCCGUGGCCGCUUGGUUAGAAGACAAGCAAUUGCUACCUUACGUUGUGUGCAUGCAAUUGUUAAACUUCAGGCAUUGGUUCGCGGUCACAAGGUUAGAUGUUCUACAGUUGGGAUUGAAGUGCGGAAUGCAUGCAACAUGGGAAAAGUUCAGGGUGCUAUAUGUUCAGAUUCUUCUGGAAUAUCUGCAUCAACUCCAGUGGAGAAGCUGAUAAAGAAUGUAUUUGUUCAGAAGCUUUUGGCUUUAUCAUCUGGCGCAAUACCUCUUAGCCUCCACUAUAGUCCUGAGGAGCCUAACUCGUCCUGGGAGUGGCUGGAGCGCUGGACAGGGUCACACUUACGGGAAUCCCAUUUAAAACCAAAGAAUAAUGUUGAGCAUGAUACAGUUGAAAAAAUAGAAACUGAAGAAGGCAAGCAAAAACGAAGUGUUCGGAAAGUAUCCCGAGCUAAUGCUGAGAACAGCUCAGGUCGAUCAAAUAAAGUGUCUGAAAGACCAAAACGCAAUCUGAGAAAACUUCCAAGUCACCCAAUAGAUUCAGUUCAGGAACAUCCACAAAAUGAAUUUGAGAAGGUAAAUCGCAAUUUAAGAAAAGCUUCUGAUUCUGCAAAAGAUGCUCGUGAAAGAUUCCAUAUUGAUAGUGGGAAACCAAAGCGCAAUGUGAAAAAGUCAUCCAUUGCUGCUGCCCCUGAAGUUUCAGAGGGCACUAAUGAUAUGGCAGUGGUUGUGAUGAAAGGAUCUGAUGAUGAUGCAAGUCCAAAACAUACUGUUGUUAGUGCAUUACAAGAGCAUCAUGAUUUAGACUCGCAACAUGCGGGGAACAAUAGUAAAGUUCAUGAUAUUCAAGAGACAAUUAAGCAAUUAAACCCUAAGGACUAUAACACUGGAAAUGAGAACCAGAAAAUCAGUGAGAGAAGAGCUUCGUUUCCUCCAAAUAUCAACAAUCAGGAGAAUGGCAUUCAUAAUACGCCAAAAGUGCCCAGCUAUAUGGCACCAACUGAAUCUGCAAGAGCAAAGCUGAGAGGACAAGGAUCACCUAGAUUUGCUCAAGAUGCAAUUGAGAAUAUUGGUACAACCAGAAGGCAUUCUCUGCCAUCUUCCGCUAAUGGCAAGUUUCCUUCAAUGUCACCACGAGCACAGAAACUGGUCCAUGCAGCUGGCAAAGGAGUGACCGGAAGUGAUGUAUCGCUAUCUUCUUCCAGAGAUGACACUGUUUCAGAUAAGGUGAUUAAAGCUGAGUGGAGGAGGUGAUUUUGCAGGAGGAAUGCUUCGUAGGAAGCAGGUGAAAAAGGUCUUGUCUACUAAGAGAAGUCCGCAAGUUGCAGCAAGUCAUACAGCAGAAGUUGCUACAAGCGUUGGACAAAAGCUGAUGUAUAUCUAGUGCUGGGUCAUUUCGUGUUGACCUCCAUGUGAAUAAUUAGACAGUGCAGAAAGCAAGCAGGGUGGAAUUUCCCUGGGCCAACUGAAAAACAAUUCAUGAAAAAUGGGAUUAAUUUAAUCUGUAAUCACUAAAUUUUGGGUACAAUAAUUUGUGAAACAAAAAUCAUUGAACUAUUAAAUUCCAAAAAAAAUUUAGUGAGAUUCCUAAUA